ACUAAAAAAAUAUUUUGAAAUUGUGUAUUCAUGUUCACAAUAAAUAAAAGCAUCAUAUAAAGUUAUACAGACUACACCAUCCCCAAUCACCAUACCAAUUUCAUAAUUUAACGUAUGUGAACAUUUCAUAUUUUCUCUUAUAAACCCUCCUUUGUUUUCUUCCUUUACAUGGUAUAUAUAAUAGUCGGUCCUCAUUUAAAAUAAUAUAUUUAUUUAUAAUAUGUAUCUAUGGAAUCUUAUAAGUUUUAAAUCAAACAUUAUGUUGCCAAAAAAAAAUCAAACAUUAUAUAUGUUAUCAGUAUUUACACAGUCAAUACUUUUUAAUCACAGUACAGUGCAACACAUACAUAUUGAUAUUUUAUCAAAUGCAAUUAUCAAGUUUUUAUAUUUUGGAGGGUACUCUAAACAAAACUAAAUAAAUUCUAUACACCAUAUAUGUUCAUUUUGUUUGAUUUUUUUGAUUAACUUCAUUUUGUUUUGUUGAUUACUUAAAUCUAUUUACUUGUCGACUAGAUUCUGAUCCGCCCUUUUUAAAUGUAGAUAUAUUUUUUGUUUUAUAUUUUUUUAGAAAUUUAAUUUUUAUAUUUGUGUGUGUUUUAGUUGUAUUUGUAUUUUUUUGUUUAAUAUUUUUCUUAAAUGAUUAAUAAUAUAUUUUAAUAAUUGUAUAUCAAUAGAUGAUGUUAUUAUUUUAAUAGAAUAGAUUUAUCAUUCACGAAAUGGCGUGUAGCGAAUAGAACGUAUGGGACCUCCCCUAAUACGUCCAUAGGGCAUGUGGAAUAUGGACUUAUGAGGAAAAUGAUGUUUGACUAAAAUCCUCAUUUGCUUCGCCCUUUACGUUUCCACAAAAUGACACCCCCAAACCUAUUUUAGUUUUGUUGAUUUUACUUAAUUUCUUUAAUAAUGUGAUGAUAAGUUGAUAGCGAUAACUCUGGAUGCUAAUUAGUGCAUCCCAUAACAAAGAACAACUUAUAAUUAAGGUGUAUAUCUCUCUCAUAGUUUAUACCUUAUGGAUCAUGUAAAAGUUCUACUUGUUUUCAAAUUAAGAGCUUGUGUGUUUUUUGUUUUUAUAAAACAAUAUUUUGAUAGAAUCAACACAUAAAUUUAUAUGGCUAUAAAAAAACAUUAUGACAUUUGACUUGGGUAUGUAAACGUGACAAAAAAGUGACAAUUGUCGUCAUGAUUCACUUGCUCAAAGAUCCAGCUAUUCGGGUCACCAGGCAUCCCGAGUCACAAGCCAAGAUCAUGUAAUCUCUAUACUGAAAAUAUGAUGAACAUUCGUUUGUUCUACAUGUAAUUAGGACCGGUUUAUACCUCAAACUGUAAUUAAUUGUUUCAAAUUUCAUGAAUCUUAAACCGGCUCUUCCUGUUAUGUUCUCACCUUGGUAUACUUUCGACUAUACACCUUCCCAUAUCAUUUGCUGGUAAUAUCAAGAAAAACAUAGUCUGAAUGUCAUGUGGAGCCAUCACCCAAUGAUGCAUGUUCAAGAAUCAUCAUUUGUUCAUAAAUUGUUUCGUCAAUUUAAGAAUUUCUUUUAAUCUUUAUAAAUUUUUCUCAAAGACUUGGUCCCAAAACUAAUGCUAGUCAACCCAUAUCUUAGUUAUAAUCUCAUUUGGUUUCUAAUGGUCGAACCAUCGUCUAAAAAAACAUUGGUUUCGCCUAUUCUAUUCAUAAGACAGCGGAAUUUUUGAUAAUUAUUGAAAAGCAAAGUAUUCUUAAUUAUAAGAAAUUUGAUAAAUAUAGAUAUUUUUAUAUCGUAAGUUAAAUUUGAAGAAAACAUUUACAUUUUGUAUAUAAAAAAUGGUAGAUAAACCAGUUACUAAAACACACAAUAAAUAAAAUAUUGGCCUCUAGUGUUUCGUUCAGUUCAGGUUCAGAAGUGGACAAUUUAAAACAUAUAAAAAAUAGUUAGGACCAAUGCUUAUAACGAUUAUAAAAUUCAAAACGGUUUAGGAAUUCACACAGCUCACUUACAGACAGACCAAAGGAAAAGAGACGAGGAAACAAACAAAAAAAUAUUUUCAUUUUUCUACUUUAACGUUUUCAUUUUCUAACUUUAGAUUAUUUUAUUAAAUACUGUGUAUAUUUAUUACUUAGGGAACCUGAUACCACUUUGAUGUGUUAGUGCGUGGUUCUUGUUCAUCUCUCUCUCUAAGAAAAUAUUUUCUUCUGCCAGGAAAACCAUUUUUGAAAUAAUCAAUCCUUUAAAUUCUAAAGGUUUUAUAGCCCCUCAGAAAUUUGACAUUAUAAGUGAUCUGAUGUUAUGAAGAAUAGCAGAGAGGUGAAUAGUAACAGUGGAAGGAUCAAAUGUUCUUCUUAUCCAUCAUUAUCUACUGAUGAAGGAUCUCCAAAUAAUCCAUCAUCUUCUUCCCAUUUCUUGCAUCUCACCAAGCCUAGUGAUGAGUUAGGUCAAUCACAUCUUUCCACUUUCUCCAUCAGAGGUUAUGCAUUUAGUAACCGGACCAAAAACAUUCAGAAAAGCUGGCCUUUCUCUUCAACAAGUCUGCAACUUUGUUUAAAACAUGGCUUGAGUGAUCCAUUGCCACCUAUUCAGCCUCUUGGCCCUAUGAUAAGCCAUCCUCCUGAAGCUUCAUCAUCCAACAAGCCAACUUUAACUCAUGUUGAAGCCAUAAGCAGCAAGAGAAAGUUAGGAAGACUUGCUUCCAGUGAUCAUGCAUCAGCAGAGAUUACUAAACAAGGCUUUGAGAAUGGUUCCAAAUCCAAAACACAAGUCACUACAGUUAACAAGACUCCAAGAAAGAAAUGUGGGUUAGUAGUGAAACCUGGAGCUUGUGUGGAUGGUUCAUCAAAAGAAGAUCAGGCUUUGAGAACUUGUCCCAUCUGCAAAACCUUCUCGUCUGCUUCUAACACCACUUUGAAUGCGCAUAUCGAUCAGUGCCUGUCUGUUGACUUGGGAGAGCAGCCAGUUAGUAAGCCAAACAAGCCUAGGAACCACAAGCCGCGGUUGAAGGUUAAAACGAUGGUUGAUAUCUACGCUUCUGCAAAAGGAUGCACACUAGAAGAUCUUGAUAGAAGAAAUGGAACAAAGUGGGCUGUGAUCUCAAGCUACUCUAACCGUGUCAUUGUCUGUGAUAAUAAUAAGUCUGAAGUUUCCAACAAAGAGAAGAAGCUUGAUGAAGAUGGUGAUGCUGGCAUUGGACCUGUUUACAUUGAUGCUAAGGGCCAAAAACUGAGGAUUAUAUCUGAGGUUAAGGAGAAAGCUGCUGAACCAUCAAGAGAGCAUGAGAAGAAAUCAUUUAGUGAAGGUAAACGGAGUUACAAAAGCUGUAAGAAAAGACUAGAAGGCAAUGCGUCAGAGAUACACGAGUCUAGAAGAGGGUGUUCUGAAGAAUGUAGAGGCAUGGAGAGGUUAGAAACUCCAGGGACAAGUCAGCGUAGGAGGAUGCUAAGAAAACAUAGUCUUUCAAGGAAUGAAAGUAAGAAAGGGAGGAGCAUGUGUGAUCAGCCAUCUGAGAAUAUGCAUUCAUUGUCAGAAGAUCCUCUUGUGUUAAAGGGUCCAAGUCUUGUGAGUACUGAUUUAUCCGAGGCGGUUAACAGUCAAAGCUCAUGGAGAAGCUGUGGGGAUAGUCAAAUCUCUGGAAAGAGUACUAACUUUGCAGCUCCUAAACCUGUGGACAAAGGAGUUAUGAAGUUAAAGAAAGCAUGGAGGUUUGAUGUUUCAGAGAAUGAAGAUGAGGAUUCAGGGAGAUGGGAGUCUGAAAUGACUCAAGAACUUGAACUGGCAGAUUAUGAUGACUGGGACGAGGCUGAAGAAACAGAUAAGGGUCUGCCUUCAACUAGGGGUGAAGAUAAUGAUUAUGAAAGUUUGGAAGAGACUGGUAAUAACAAAGGAGACUGUGAUAUGUUGGACACAAUAGAUGCUGAGUUUGAAAGCAUGGUUUUAGAGAAAAAUGGUUUUGAAACUGAAGAAGGAGGAAGCUCAUUCAUGGAGGUUGAUCCCAUUCCUAUUCCAGGGCCUCCUGGAUCAUUUCUAGAGAGUCCUUGGGACAUGGGAACUGAUGCAACUGCAACUGAAAAUCAUGGAAACUUUUUCCAGGUCCAAACAUCCUUUGAUCAGCUUGAUCUCACUGACAGAAACUUGUCUGAAUCACCUGUUUCAGCAGUUUCUAACUUUGCAGCUCCUGAAACACAGACAUUUAGUCUUCAUAACAUCAUCACUACUGACAAUGAUCAGUCAUGUUGUUGCCAGAGAAAGGAGAAUGCUCUUGAAGGUACAACAUUUAGGCAACCACCACCACACAUGAUCCAUCAAGAUCUUUUGAGUAAGUCUGUUCCCCCGGUUCCUUCAAACUCCGGUCCAGUGUUGCGGCUAAUGGGAAAAGAUUUGAUGGUUAUGAACCAAAGAGAAGAGACCUCACAUGGAGAUCCAAGUACAAAACCAACUUCUCAGUUUCAAGAUCUCUCCAAGACACAACAAGCGUCUCCUCGUGCCCAUCUUCAUCCUCCUUAUGGUGGAAACGGUUUGUAUUUGGACGCCACCACAAGCUUUUACAACAUUCCAUGACAAUACCGAUCAACUCCAGCAGUUUCCUAUUCCUGAAAGAUCUUAAAGAAGUUUUCUCCUCAACCAUUCAACCUCAAGAUUUCAUGAUUCUCUAACAAAGAGGCUGAGAAGAAUCUCAAGAGGCUGUUAUGAAGAAAUGGUGAGAUAUAAGUUCGGUUUGAAUCUACCUAUAGAAUAUUGAGAAACGCCACCGAGGUAAAUGUAAGUUAUUAUAAUGUUAUGGAACCGCAUUUUGAAUAAAAAGUAUACAUGACUUUAACCUCAUGAUUCUUUCUUUCUAUAUAGAUAUUUAUAUAUGUGGUUGAAAUCAUGUGAGGUAGUCAAGAUCAUGGUCACCGUCAUGACAUGCAUUAUGUGUACGCAAUUCAUUUUCUUUUGUCUCA